CAGCCAGUUCCUGAUCGUGAUGACCUACAAUGACGCGGUGGUCGACCAGCGAGGCACCGGAGAAGGACCAUGACUCAGUCACAUGUCGCAUUCACACCGUUCAGGAACCAGGAAGUGUUUUAUCCUCGGCUCUUUUGUCGAGCCGUACCUAGGGGUGGGACAGCAGUCGAGUCUGGACCGGUGAAGAAGAAGCAAGUCUAGUUGUUUUGUUGCUUGACUUCGUUGGGAUUCCGUUGAAGUGCUGGGAUCGUUAUCUGCCUUUUUUUUUCUUCUUAGUUUUCUAGUAGCUGAUUGGUGGACGUUGCUUCUGUUAUCGCUGGAUCUUCCUUCUUUUUUUCUUCUUAGUUUUCUAGUAGCUGAUUGGUGGACGUUGCUUCUGUUAUCGCUGGAGGGAUAUCCGGGGAGUUUUGCUCACAUCAACUUGUCGCUCCUGGGAUAUUCUGUAUAUAACACACAGAUACUUCACAAGGGAUAAAGAAUAAACCUUCUAUAGUUGUAUAACAUAGAUUCUCACAUAGAAUAAAGAAAAACAUCUUCUAUAGCUCAUAGCACAACUGAUACGUUAGAUACAGCAAGGACAAGACAGCCACCAAGUUGUUUUUGGAAUUUCCCUCGGGUGAUAUCGUGUUGUGGUGUUAAAGAGUGACAAGUGUGUUUCAAUGUUAAUAACAUACUUACAGCUCUUCUGCAGUAAAAUCUCUUCAGCGAGUAUUCAAUUUCACAAAGAUCUCAACCCUAUUUCUGUAAGACAGGACAUAUACUUUUUUAAAAGAGCAAAUGGAGGCUCAGUCUUGAAAUGUCAAGAAUAAGUAAAUUGUGCAAGUGAAAUGUUUUAAUUCAGCAGGACGACUGCUUCACAUAAAUCUGAUGCAUUUUGUUUAAGAAGAGAAAACCACAAACAAAUCUUCCAGCAUGUCGUGUCUCUUUUUUGCUGUCCACGAAACUAUAAGUACAAGAGUCAAACUGCAGACUCGUUAACUAACAAAAACACAUCUUUUUAGUGACAGAAAGAUAGUAAAAAUAUUGUUUCCAUUCCACCAUCGAGUCAGCAGCUAGCUACAAGAUCGUCAUGCAUCGCUAUGGGUCAUUGAAGCGUUGAAGCCAGAUUUAUCGAUUCAUCCAACUGCAGUCGAAAUUGUCUAAGACGGCCACCCGUUGUCGAGGAGAAGAGUGGUUGUCUUAAACAGGUGGAAGACAUAGACAGUGUCAUUAUUGUUUAAAAAGAAAACUUUAGGGAAGAACCGGGAGUGUUCGUUUAUACUGGUGAUUUUCUUGGACAGGUGGCCGUUAGAGCAGGUUGGACGGGAUUCGUUUACGCAUAAUAUUACAGUAUUUGAGCAAUAUCGUCGGCACACACCUAAAACUGAGUACAAUGUCGAAAGCCAGAGCCCCAUCUACGUCAUCAGAUGACGUGGACGACCACGCGGCCACUGCUGUGGUCAAGCCGGCCCUCAAGUACCUGGGCGAGAGCCAGACUCUGGGCUCCAUCUUCCAGGACGGCUCUGGCCCCCGUGUGGUCGUCUGCGACCAGUCCAGCUUACGCCACAUGGACCUCACCGGCAACAACAUAGAUCUGAAGCAACCGUUUCUCCUGUACCAGAAACGUUCUGUGCGCAAGGCCAGUGCUCACAGUCUCAUGUUUGACAAGGACAAUCAGACUUUCCAAGUAAUCGGGAAUCACUUGCUCAUUCCAGAGGACUAUCAGGGCUACUUCGCUGUGCUGGGGUCCCUGGACGAGAUACCAAAGGACCAGGUGGUCCCGUACUUCCGCCAGGCGGGCAAGCUGGCCAUCUCUCCCUGUACCAGUUUUCUUAUUGGAGGUGACCAGCCGGUCAGUGCUCUCAUGGUGGAAGGUGGUGUGAAGCGAAAUGUCAACCCAGUACCCUGUAGUCUAUUUCCCGGAGAUGUUUUGAGAAAAGGAGGGAUCUUCGAGGCCACCUCUCGCAUGACCGCUAAGAACAAGCUUUUCAAGUUCCGCCUUCCUCUGAUUGCCAAGCUUGUGUUUGGCCGAAUCCCGCCCACCCCAUGCGCCUUCACGGGCACAAUGCUCAUUGCCGAGUCGGGGAUAGAUCGGACAGUGGUCGCCUCCACUCUCUUCAACCACAGGAACGUGAAUGUAGAACUGCCUGUGAGCUCAGGACUCAAGUUCUUCGCUGUGGAGCACACGCCGGGCUUGCUGGGAAGUCGUGCCUAUGAGAAAGCUCUCUCUUUUUGCACACUGAACUGCGACACCUACAUACGCAGCAUGAAAGUUGACCAGAGUUAUAAAAAAAUGGGCAAUGGGAAACGCUUAUCCAUGAUCCAGUCUUCUCAGACUAAAGACGAAGAGCAGCGGGCGGGUGCCGGUUCUGCGUCCAGUAGCUCACAAGCACAAAGUACACACUUUAGCUCUGCCUCACAAGCUCUGUCCUCUUUGACUGGAUCAAAAGACAGUUCUGUGGGACUAGUGAGGUGGGCAGACAUGACCAAUAAGGUCUCAGUUGAUGACAUGGAGCACACAAUCUAUGUCCCAUCCCCGCACGAGACACUCCCGAUGGUGAGAAGUCCAUCCAAGAGUAAAGAAAAAACUCCUAGAAAGGACACGGCUGCCUCUGUUGAACUCAAUGAAGACACUGUUGUCAAGAAACUGUUGACGUACCAGAAACCUGACCCGAACGAAGAUGAGAUACCAAUACGGGUCCGAUCAGGCAAAAUCUCUAAAGGAAAAUCCUCUUCACAAUUUAAGAAGAAAGAGUCUGUUAAAUAUGAGACUAUAGGUGAAAGCAGUACUGACCAGUCUAAGGAAACUGGGUCCGUUAAAUAUGAGUCAAUCGGCCAAUACAGCACUGACAGGUCUUCAAAGGACAAGAUUGAGGACAGUGUGUACGAGAUCACCUGGACAGGGAGUUCAGAUGGUCAGCCAUUGGCAAGUACUGACAGCAUCUCAGGUCCAGCAAGGAAUUCAGCUAAGAGCCCUCGUGACCGUAAAACAGAUUCUGGGUAUUCCGUAGCCAAGGUUCCAGAGAGCUCCUAUGUCGUCAUGAAUACCCCUGGGCUCAAACAGUCCGCUCAGGGGUCUCCUGAUACACCCGACAAAAAGAAGAACAUUCAAACAAAACAGCUGCCUUUGCAAAAAACAAACAAUGAAACUGACGGAAAUGACUCUCCAGUACUCACUCCCAUUUCACCUCUCCCACCAGCAUCCUCUCCACCAAUACUACCCCCACCAUCAACAUUCGCUCCACCGCCACCAACGGGAAUCCAGCCAAAGUUUGUUAAAAAUCAGGAAAGUGCAAGUGAGAGUCCGGCAUUACCGCCUCGAAAUGAUGGAACGAAGGGAAAAUUUGUCGCCAUGCACUGUGAGGCUCUCUCCCCGCCCCCUGAAGACCUCUAUGAAGGUGAGAGUGAGACACCUCUUUCUGUAACUGGAGAUGGGUCCUUUGUGGACGACACCAUUUAUGAAGACCCCAUAGACCCAUAUGACAAUGGAAAUGUCUUGAUAUAUCAAAAUUUAGGUAACCUGAGACUAAUAGAACCAGGGCCAGAAGUUUCAGACUUCAAGCAAAUUGAAAUGCCGAUGGACUACAACCAGCUGUCUAUUGCUAGUUAUAAUGUAAAUGCGUAUCAGGCCUUUGGAGAUCCAGGUAGUGUAGAAAAUACAUACUUGAACGUCAGAUCGGGCACACUGCGAGACAAAAGGGGAGAAAAUCUCUCACCUAUUUAUCAUGAAAUUGAUGGCCCUUAUAGCAAGCCUGAUGUGGAAUGGCCUACUGAUCGCGUUUCUGUAGACUCGUCACAGAGUAGGCCUUUCUCAUCCUCUAGUUCCAGGGCUGACAGUGGCAUCUAUUUGAACACACCAGAAAACUCAGAUGGUUCACGAACCAAUAGUGGCAUCUAUUUGAAUUCUGCUGAAUACCAUGAUGGUUUGAGCUCUGCAGGAGGGGUGAUUGAGAAAGAUGAAAAUGACAAUGUUUCUUCACCUACUGAGGUACCAUCAUCAAAUGUUCUUCAGGAACUGAAGAAAAGGUUUGAAGGAAAGAAAAGCACGUCUUCCUCCGGGAAGAACUCAAAUAGUGUUCAUCAAACUUCUUCACCUUCACUCUCAGAGAAAGCAAAAGGAUCUUUCAGAGCUGCUCCAUCAGCUGUCAACGCAGGUGACAAGUCUGUCUCCUCUCCUGUAGGCAGAGGUAAACCAUCUUCCACCUCAACACCAGAUAGAGGGCAGCUGUCAACUAAACAAAACCUUUCUCAAGAGAACCAGUCUUCUGAGGAGCCCCAGCGCAGUCCCUGGGACAUACAGCUGAGGAAGACACAGGCGUCUACUAACACAGCCCAGCCCAAAAACUCAAAGAGCCCUCCUGUGUCAUCCUCAUCUGCAGUUUCGUCUCCUGAAAAAAUAAAUUCCAUGUCAUCGAAACCAAGCACACCAGUGUCGUCAGCUCAAACUAAACAGCUUCCAGAAUCUUCUUCUCGUUUUGUUCCAGGGCCUCAGACUCCAAAGAAGCCGCAGACGACAGCAGCAUCAUCAUUUACAGCGGCAAGAAACACACCUACAGCCACCGCCUUCUCACAAGGACAAAAACCCACUGCAACAUCUCCAACUCAUGAAGGGGAUUUUGCGGGAGUGACAAAUUCGUCAUCACAACAAGACAACGAUGACGACUCUUCCAAGCCAAAUCCGUGGCUGAAUUUGAAGAAAAAGCCAACACCAGCAAAGAAACCAUCUCCAGCAAAACAAGCGCCUGACUCUGGCAAGAUGUUCACAAAAAUAGGGGAGAGGAAUCAGAUCAUGAAUGUCCUUGAGUCUACAGGUGGGCUCAAACCACAGACCAUAUCAGUUCUCAAGGGAUUCAGGCCAGAUGAGAGAGGUAAGAUUCUUAGCGGGGACUUAGAAGUAGAUGAGUUGCAGCCCUUACUUCCAACUGUUGGUAUUUUUGAGUUGAAUAAACUGAAAUCAUUUUUGAAAAACCACAAAGCAAAUUAAUAAUAAAAGCACUAUAUUGUUA